AUGGAUUCUGGAAAGAACAACAACCCUCCCGUUUCCCCUACCGGUCGCCGACGCAGCUCCGGCACUCUUUUCCAAGGCCUUAUGGAUCAGAAGCGUGGUGAUGGUACUGCUGCACGGAGACAAUCAAUGACCGACUCAAAGCCUCAGCCAGGAUUUAUCGGCCAGAUGUGGCAGAAUUGGACGAGAGGUCCAAGCCCUCCUAAAUAA